GUUCCGUUCGGUGGCUCCCCUUUGCUUCUUCUCUCCCUCCUCCGCUCUUCAAGUUCCAGCAACACUUCAGCGUUGUGAGCAUUGAGUACUCCCUUCCGGCCUGCAUUGCAGACAUUAGUAGGCGGCGAGAUGAGAAAGUCCUGUGUGUGCUGCAAGAGAUACUGGACUCAUUUGCAUGGAAAGGUCAAGUGUUUCGUCGCGCCCAUGGACAGAAACUCUAGGCAUAGCAUGAUCAUACCAGAGAGCUUUGUGAACUAUUUCGGGUGGAAGCUAUCAGGAACCAUUGAACUAGAAGCCCCCAAUGGUAAUGUGUACGAUGUUCGAGUUACUGAGCGUAGGAAUAAAACAUUUCUCAGAUCUGGGUGGGAGGCGUUUGUCGACGCCAAUUAUAUAGUAGAAACCGACUCGUUGAUGUUCCGAUACCGUGGAAAUUGUCGCUUCAAUGUUUUGGUCUUUCAUUCUAGUGGUUGUGAGAAAGUGGUGUCAUGUGCUCGCAUGCUGACCAAUAUUAGUGAUCAAGAACCAAGCACAAAUUCUAGAGACAUUUCAACCAGUUUCAGCGAUGGUAAUACUCAUUCGUCAGCUAGAGGACGAUCAGAUGAUUGCCAGAGUGGAAGCUCAGGCCACCGUAGAAAACGACCAAAGAAAGAUGCAAUAUCCUCACCUUCGGAGGAUUCGUCAGGAGAAGACAGUCCAUAUGAGCACGAGUCAUCUAAAUCGGAAGAUACUAAACGUAUUGGAAUAACACCCGAGCAUGAUGAUACAGACCCAUACAUGAUGUCACUGGGUGCCCGUCUAACGCAAGGGCAGAAGAAGAAAGUUCUGGAGAAAGUUGGAGCCAUUGCAUCAGAUCUGCACAUCUACGUCGCAGUCAUGAACAAGACCAAUGUCCGACGCUCCCUAACCUUUGCCACAAAAUACUGUGACACGUACCUUCGGAAGGGGAGCCGGAGUUUGGUGUUUCAGGCAGAGGGGAAGAUCCAGCAAUGGCAUGGUGGGUUGCACGUCACCGAUCGUGCCCUGAGGAUACGUGGAGGCUGGACUUCUUUUGCCAGAGACAACAACCUGCGGGAGGGGGACAUCUGCCUCUUCGAGCUGAUGAAAAACAAGGUGGGACUGAAGAAGAUGAUGGUCUAUAUCAUUCGCCGUGAGCGUUGCUAGGUUAGUUUCACGCUCUUGACAAGAGGCAGAGAGGUCUCUGCUCUUUGUGCUGCCAUUUUGUAUGUUGCUUGUAAUGGAGCUCUUUGCUGCUUUUGUGAUCUGGAAGUAGAACUGUGGGCAUGGCCAGUCUGUGGAGUAAGAAACCUAUAUCUGUAGUAGCUUAGUUUCAAACAGACCGUGAUUUCUUACUUUCCCUGGCAGCCUUAUUUUGUGGCAUGAAGUUUAAACGAGUAGUUGUGUUGACCAAGUUUGUUUGAGGAAGCCACUUGAUUGUUUGUAUCCUCUGAAGUUUAAUGAACUCAUGAUGCCUAGUUUCUUA